AAAAUCAGCAUAGCCACAUCCUAUUAGCACUGAUACAACUCUCAGCCAAACCUCCAGGCAACAUGGAAACACACAUGCCAGACUUUACUCUAGCCUCCUCACGUGCAACUCUGAAUGGACAGAAGACAGCAAAAUCAGCAAGAGACUCUUUUUCACCAUACAACAGCAAAUACCUCACAGUUCCUCAGAACCGGACUUCCUUGCACAACAGCAGGCUCAGUGGAUCUUUUGAAGCACCAAGCUGUAUGGAGUCCUUCAGCAGUUCUAUUAUAAACAACUACCUGGACAGGACACAAGGAGGAGAGGCUGUGGACAAGGUGUCCCCAAGCGGCAUGCAUUUCAGGGACAGCAAGAGAAAGGUCGACUAUGUGUUAACCUACCACUACCGGAAGCGUCUCGCUCGUCACCCACCUGGUGCGGGCUCACCAAAGCCGAUGCGCGGAUCUUCCUCCUCGGCCCUGGUUUCGAAUGGAGGGACCAGGAAGGGCCGCGCUGAGCUGCAGCGGCAGGCCAGCGGCCGGUGUGCCCCGCAGGAGCGGCCGGGGCCUUCGCGAGAGGAGGUGAUCGAGCUCGGCCCGCCGGAUGUCCUGGAGGAGGAGAAGCGGCUGCAGCGGGAGGAGUAUGAACGCAACCUGGUGGAAGCAGGGCUGGAGAUAGAGAAAGACCCUGAGAAUAAAAGCCAAGGAUUGAGUUUUGUCCGUAUACAUGCACCUUGGCAAGUACUUAGUCGAGAAGCGGAACUCCUUAAAAUAAAAAUGCCCACUAAAAAGAUUUAUGAAAUCACAGAAGAAGGGGGAAUACUCAAAAAGUUAAACAAAAUAUGGUGCAAAUUGACUGAACCUCUGCAACCCCAGGUGCCACAACAAGAAAAUACCAACAUGAAAAGCCUGUCUUACCCAUUUUCCAGAGAGAAAAUAUAUUUGUUUAACAUUAAAGACAAAGACACCUUUUUUGACAAUGCUACCCGCAGCCGAAUAGUACGUGAAAUUUUGAAGCGCACAUCUACAAAGGCCAGAAACAGCAUGGGUAUUGGCGCAUUAAUAGCAAACAAUGUUUAUGAUGCAGCAUACCCACUCCAUGAUGGUGAAUACGAAGGCCAAAAUGAUGACAUGAAUGACAGAAAGUUGCUGUAUCAAGAAUGGGCAAGAUACGGAGUAUUUUACAAGUUUCAGCCUAUUGACCUCAUAAGAAAGUAUUUUGGAGAAAAGAUAGGACUUUAUUUUGCAUGGCUGGGUUUAUAUACAGAAUUCCUCAUUCCAUCUUCAGUAGUCGGGAUUAUUGUAUUUCUUUAUGGAUGUAUAACCAUUGAGAGUGACAUUCCUAGUAAAGAAAUGUGUGAUCAACGCAAUGCCUUCACCAUGUGCCCCCUGUGUGACAAGUUCUGUGACUACUGGAACCUCAGCUCUGCUUGUGCUACUGCUCGAGCUAGCCAUUUAUUUGACAACCCUGCCACAGUCUUCUUCUCCAUCUUUAUGGCUCUCUGGGCUACUAUGUUCCUUGAACAAUGGAAGCGUUUGCAGAUGAGACUGAGUUACUUCUGGGAUCUAACUGGACUGGAGGAAGAAGAAGAGCAUCCCAGACCAGAGUAUGAAAUCAAACUGCUGCAGAAAAAGCUGAAACAUAAAAACAACUCAACCGAAAAUUCAAAUGAAGAUGAAGAGAAGCUGACGUGGAGUGACCGUAUGCCUGGAUAUGCAACAAACUUUGGAUUGAUUUUAUUUAUGAUUAUGCUGACAUUUUCAGCAGUGUUUGGUGUGAUUGUGUACCGGAUCACAACAGCAGCAGCUUUGUCAUUCAGCACGAAGGAGACAACCAGAUCAAAUGUUCGAGUGACUGUGACCGCAACUGCUGUCAUCAUUAACCUCGUUGUGAUACUUAUACUUGAUGAAAUUUAUGGAGCUGUUGCCAAAUGGCUGACGGAAAUUGAGGUACCAAAAACAGAGAAAACCUUUGAGGAAAGACUGAUUUUGAAGGCAUUUUUACUCAAGUUUGUGAAUUCUUAUGCAUCAAUUUUUUAUGUUGCCUUUUUUAAAGGAAGAUUUGUUGGCCGUCCUGGUCAUUAUGUAUAUGUGUUUGAUGGUUAUCGAAUGGAAGAGUGUGCUCCAGGAGGCUGUUUGAUGGAACUCUGUAUUCAGCUGAGCAUCAUUAUGCUUGGAAAACAACUGAUUCAAAACAAUCUGUUUGAAAUUGGAAUCCCGAAGCUAAAGAAGUUGUUCAGGAAGCUGAAGGAUGAAAGAACUGAGCCAAAGGAAAUCGACACCAACCAACCAAAGGACCCUCAGCAAUGGGAUCUUGACUAUAGCUUGGAACCUUUCACUGGGCUGACUCCAGAAUACAUGGAAAUGAUUAUCCAGUUUGGCUUUGUCACACUCUUUGUUGCCUCCUUCCCUCUGGCACCUCUCUUUGCUCUUCUGAACAACAUCAUAGAAGUCCGGCUAGAUGCAAAAAAGUUUGUUACUGAACUGAGGAGGCCAGACACAGUAAGAGCAAAAGAUAUAGGAAUUUGGUAUAACAUUUUGAGUGGUAUUGGAAAGUUUUCAGUUAUCAUUAAUGCUUUUGUAAUUGCUGUCACAUCUGAUUUCAUUCCACGCCUUAUGUAUCAAUAUGCAUAUAGUCAAAAUGGAACCAUGCAUGGCUUCAUCAAUCACACACUUUCAUACUUCAACGUCAGUCAUCUCAAGGCUGGAACGCAGCCAGAAGACUCCCUCCUUGCACAUGAUGUUUCAUUCUGCAGGUUCAAAGACUACAGAGAACCACCUUGGUCCCAAAAUCAGUAUGAGUUUUCUAAACAAUACUGGGCCGUCUUAGCUGCUCGCUUGGCUUUUGUUAUUCUGUUUCAGAAUUUGGUGAUGUUCCUCAGUGUUCUGGUCGAUUGGAUGAUUCCUGACAUCCCCAAGGACAUCAGUGAACAGAUCAAAAGGGAGAAGAUUGUUCUUGUUGACUUCUUCUUGAAAGAAGAGCAUGAAAAACGGAAGCUGAUCGAAAGCUUUAUUGCACGCGACAAGCAGAAAGACAAAAGUGGGACCAAAGGCGAAAGGAUCCGGGCUGCCAGCUUCUGUCAGUUUAACCGAAGCCAGAAAGGCAGCUUUUCCUCCUUUAGCUCACAGCACACAGAAGUGUGACUCCCUCGGGAAGGGUAACUCACUAUGCUUACCUCUGCAAUACCUGCUUACUCUAUGACGUGAUUCUGAACCUGAAGCAAGGGAGGGAGAGAUGGUCAAGGAAGAGACAGGGAACAAAAAGGGGGCUUUUUUUGCUUCCUUAGAAAUUCCGUGUGCAAGGGUCUCUGUUACAUUUUAUAUGCUAUCUGGGCUGCAGCGUUUUCAGACUUUAUCAGUGUAAGAUAAGGGCGAUAUUGUGGCUGUAGCUGGUCCUUGUGGAGAUUCAUGUGCAUUUGGUAGGCACGCAGGAAUUCUCCUCACUCACGCAUCCCUCCUCCUGCAGGCACCCUGUAGGGCACGGGGAACAGAAGGGAUGCUCCUGCUCUAGCACCCAUCUUUUGGCAGAUCUGCCCGACCGUGGCGAAGUGCGAAGUGCACGCAACGCGUGGUUUUAGAGACGUGGAGCCUCCAGGAGUCAUUGUGCCUUCCUACCGCACACUGCCACUUGGUGCUGUCUCUGUAGAGCAUGCAGGGAUGUUGUCAAGGGCACGGAGCUGUGGGAACAGAAGGAAUGAAAAUCACUGAGCACUUUCAUCUACAGAUGCGGUUGUGUUUUGCUUAGCAGGAGCUCGAAUGCAUGUGCUAAUGAGCCGAGAGGCCACAACAAAUGCAUCAGAAUGAAGUAAAGCUGCUAGAACCAGGGAAGCUCAUUGUUAUUCAUUGUCCUGAACAACAACAACCAAAAAAAAAAAAAAAAAAAAAAGAAAAAAGCAACCACCCUGCAUGUUUGAUUAUCCUCUCACUUAGACUGGGAAUUCAGCCAGUAUCAAGAGGAAUCGCACCACUAAACCAAAACCAGUGCGAAGACGAGGGUUGAGAAUGGAAUCAAGCCCUGUAAAUCAUGUGGCAUUUUCAUGUACAUUUUGCGUAAAGUAACAAAAGUUGCUGCUGUUGUGCAUUUACUAUAAAGUAAAAUAUUUUGCAGAACUGCAUUUAUUGGAAGAUAAACAUAUUCACUAACUUUCAUCCACAAGCAUUUAAUGAAUAACAUAAUUCUGUUAUGAAUGAAAAUAAAACUUUCUUAAUAAGUCUGUUUCUUUUACUGUAGAUUGUCUCCAGCCCAACUUGAAAUUCAGAAACUGGAUAAAAGAUUUUCUUCUCAUUUUGUCUUCCCAACAAUGCUUCCCAAACCAUCAAAAACACAAAGCAAAAGAAGUACCUCAGUUUCAGGCAUUGUAAACAAUAUUUUUGGUCUUCAACAUUAUAGUGGUAUUUUAUACAUUCCCGAAGCCUAAGAACUGUAUUGUUCUCUUGGAAAUAUUUUUUUCUAUGAGAACUUUUGGUAAUUUAAUGAGAGAUGUGGAAAUAAUU